UGCUGCAGAGCAUUUGUACUUGCCAUGCCGCACUUAUAUAAACCUUUUCAUUUUCCGUGUGUACUCCACGUACCUUUUCUCCCUUUCCCAGUCUCUGUCUCUCUCUCUCUCUCUCACUAUGAAGGGAAAGUUUCUAAGAGGGUGCCUUAACAAGUGGAAGAAAAUGGGAAGUAGAGUGUUCCAUUGUGCUGCCUACGGUUACUGCUGUGAAUGGGAACUGGGGUCAUCCAUGCAUGAAGAUGAAGGAGACUCCAUUCCCAACGAUGUGCCAAAGGGUCACUUGGUUGUGUACGUGGGAGAGCACCAUAAGAGAUAUGUCAUCAAGAUUACCUUACUCAAUCAUCCACUCUUCAAGACUCUGCUGGAUCAAGCUAAGGAUGAGUAUGAUUUCAUUGCAGAUUCAAAGCUCUAUAUUCCUUGCAGUGAGCAUCUUUUCCUCACUGUCCUUCGCCGUGCAAGCACUCCACACAACGAACGAGUGUUUGUGCGUGUCUGAGUCAUUAUUAUUAAUUAAACUAAAC